AUGGAAACAUGUUUGUGUGUUGAUGAACACGCCUUCAGCGUGUUCAUCAGCAACCUGGCCCUGGUGGACAUCCUCAUCCUCUGCACUCUGCCCUUCAGGAUCCACUACCACCUCAACAGAGACAACUGGGUGUUUGGGGACGUCGCCUGCCGCAUCACUGGGGUCCUGUUCUACUCCAACAUCUACAUGAGCAUCUGUUUCAUGACUUGUAUCUGUGUGGACCGCUACAUGGCCACGGUGCAUCCUCACGCCUACCAGAGGCAGCGGAGGCCCUGGCGCUCUCUGGCCGUGAGUGUGGCGCUCUGGUGCGUUGCUGGAGUGGCGAUGCUGGUCUUCGUCGUCUUGGGGCCUCUGGAAACCAACGUCAACCAAUCUGGAGGCCGCAGUUGUUUCGAGAACUUAUCCAAGCACGAGUGGGACACACGUGCGGGGGUGUACAACCUCCUGGGCCUGAUCUUAUUCUCCCUGGUGCCCACCGUGAUCAUCCUGGUUUGUUACCCGCUGGCUGUGAAGCGCAUCUCCAUGAUCAGGACUAACACAGCCCAAAGAGCCUUGAGGGUCAUUUACACCAUCCUGGCCAUCACGCUGCUCUGCUUCCUGCCCAACCACCUGGUGUAUCUGCUGCACAUCCUGCAACGCACGGGUGUCAUCAAGAGCUGCACCACCGCCAACCGCAUCUUUGAAGCCAGGCGGGUCACCAUGGCCCUCGUCACCCUCAACACGUGCCUGGACCCCGUGCUGUACUAUGUCACCCCCGGCCACUUCAAAUGGAGGCUCUUGAAGAUGACAUGGCUGUGUGCACGAGUGGAGAGGAGCAGAGAUGUUAGUACGAUUGCAGUGGACCGAGAAGCUGAACCUGUAGAUAUAUAACUGAAAUAUAACUCUGCUUUCCUUGUCUAUAUAUGAAACUGGAGACUUUUCUAUGAAAGUGUUUAUUAAAAUUGUCAUUUUAAAUCAAAAUAAAGGGAAGGAUCGAAAACAUGCUUUUCUUUAUCUUGUGCGGUUUUGUCUCGUAACGAGUCUUCAGCAAGCAGACGUUAAGAAUCAACAUUUCUCAUG